AAGUCAUUGUUGGAAGUGACAGUGACUUUACGAUUGAGUCGAACCCAUACAUACCCAAGGGACUUCUCACUGGAGAGAAGAUAUAUCAAAGGUUUUACAAUGGAAGCAAACCUUGUUGGUCACCGGAAGGUCCACACAGAAGAAAAUCCAUAUCCGUGCUCCGAAUGUGACAAAUCUUUUAGCGUGAAGUCAAGGCUUGUGAGACACCAGAAGGUUCACACCGGAGAGAAACCGUUUCAGUGCAGCGAGUGCAACAAAGCGUUCCAGAGGAAGGACGCACUGAUGGUACAUCAGAGGUAUCACACGGGGCAGAGGCCAUAUCAGUGCUGUGAAUGUGACAAAGCCUUUAUGGAGAAGUCGCAUCUUCUCUCGCACCAGAAGGUCCACACGGGGCACAGGCCGUGCGAUAAGGGUUUUGUAAGGAAGUCGCAUCUCGUCGUACACCAGAGGUCUCACACAGGGGAGAGGCCGUACCCGUGUUCUGAAUGUGACAAGGCCUUCGCAGUGAAGACGCAUCUUCUCCGACACCAGAGCAUCCACACCGGAGAGCGGCCACAUCAGUGCUACGAAUGUGAUAAAGCCUUCAAAGUGAAGAAAAGCCUUCUCACGCACCAGAUCGUCCACACCGGAGCGAAGCCGUAUACCUGCUCUGAAUGCGAUAAGGGUUUCGUAUUGAAGUCGCACCUCGUCAUACACCAGAGGUCCCACACCGGGGAGAGGCCGUACCCAUGUUCUGAAUGUGACAAGGCCUUCGCAGAGAAGGCGCCUCUUCUCCGACACCAGAGGAUCCACACCGGAGAGCGGCCACAUCAGUGCUACGAAUGCGAUAAAGCUUUUCGAGUGAAGUCGGCCCUCGUCAAACACCAAAGGAGCCACAGUCUGACUUUCUGGCUGCAAAGCGGAAACUCUGGGAAAAAGUAG